AUGUCUCUCAAGAAUGCCACCGUCCAGCCCAAAAUCUACCACAAGCCGCCCUUCAGCGUAGACGCCCCCGGAUACAAGCAGGUCGAUGGCGAGACGAUACCUCGCAGACAUCCCCUCACUGUCAACAAGCUUGCAGAGCGACCUUCGGAAGAUAUUGUUACCAUCUUCGACAUCAUCAAGCGCAGCUCUGAGAAGUAUGGCAAUGCCAAGGCUUUGGGCUCCCGCAAGCUCAUCAAGACUCACCAUGAGACGAAGAAGGUAAAGAAGAUGGUGGAUGGCAAGGAGCAGGAGGUGGAUAAGAAGUGGACAUACUUUGAGCUCAGUGGAUAUGAGUACUUGAGCUUCCAUGACUACGAGAAACUCAUCCUGCAGGUCGGUGCAGGUUACCGAAAGCUAGGCAUGAACAAAGAGGACCGGGUACACAUCUUUGCAGCUACCAGUGCGCAUUGGCUUGCUACUGCACAUGCUGCCGUCUCUCAAUCAAUGCCUAUUGUCACCGCCUACGACACUCUCGGCGAAGAGGGUCUCAAGCACUCUUUAGUUGCCACCAAGGCAAAAGCUAUUUUCCUUGAUCCUCACCUCCUACCUACACUCAUCAACCCUCUGAAGGAAGCAACCGAGAUCAAAUAUGUCAUCUGGAACAGUCAAAACGAAGUUAAGCAGGAGAAUAUCGACAAGCUCAAGAAAGCACACGACCGUCUCACAAUCAUGAGCUUUGAAGAGCUUCGAAAACUUGGUGAAGAUAAUCCAGUGGACGCAGUUGAGCCAGGGCCAGAUGAUCUCUGCUGUAUCAUGUAUACCUCUGGAUCUACAGGUCCUCCAAAGGGAGUGCCUUUGAAACACAAGGCAGUUGUGGGCGCAAUCGCUGGUGUCAGUGUUAUUGUCGAACCCUACCUCGGUCCCGGUGAUGGUCUCUUGACCUACCUCCCUCUCGCACAUAUCCUGGAAUUUGUCUUCGAAAAUGCAUGCCUAUACUGGGGUGGAACUAUGGGCUACGGAAACCCCAAGACCUUGUCAGAUACAUCUGUGAAGAAUUGCAAAGGAGAUAUCAGAGAAUUUCGGCCUACUGUUCUUGUCGGUGUUCCUGCUGUGUGGGAAUCCGUCAAGAAGGGUAUUGUUGCCAAAGUCAAUUCUGGUAGCGCUAUCGUUAAGAACAUGUUCUGGGGCGCCAUGUGGGCAAAAGAGAACAUGCUUCACUGGGGUCUCCCUGGAGUCGGUAUUCUCGACGCUGUUGUGUUCAAGAAGGUUAAAGAGGCAACUGGCGGCAGAUUGAGAAUCUGCAUGAAUGGUGGUGGUCCGAUCGCCAGAGACACCCAAAAGUUUAUUUCGAUGGCCAUCACUCCUAUGAUCAAUGGCUACGGUCUGACCGAAACAACUGCUAUGGGUGCUCUUAUGGACCCUAUGGAAUGGACAGACAAUGCUCUCGGAAAUAUCCCAGGAUCCAUCGAAGUGAAGUUGGUUGACUUCCCGGAUGCUGGCUAUUUCGCAACCAACAAACCCAAUCCUCAAGGUGAAAUCUGGAUCCGAGGAUGCACUGUCAUGGAUGGUUAUUACGACAACCCAGAGGAGACUAAGGCAGCUAUUGCUCCAGAAGGCUGGUUCAUGACUGGUGAUAUCGGAGAAUUCGACCAGAAUGGCCACUUGAAGGUUAUUGACCGAAAGAAGAAUUUGGUCAAGACUCUCAACGGUGAGUAUAUCGCUCUCGAGAAAUUAGAGUCGGUAUACAGAGCCGCAACAGUCGUUGCCAACAUCUGUGUUUAUGCGGAUCAGCAACGAACAAAGCCAAUAGCCAUCAUUGUUCCUGCGGAACCAGCAUUGAAGAAGCUGGCUGAGAAGAUAGGUGUUGAAGGAAACGGUGUUGAGGAUCUGGUUCACAACUCAAAGAUCCAAGAUGCUGUUUUGAAGGAGUUGCAGCAGGCUGGUAGAGCAGGUGGAUUGAGCGGCAUUGAAAUCAUCGAGGGUGCGGUAUUGGCGGAUGAGGAGUGGACUCCCCAGAAUGGCUACGUCACUUCAGCUCAAAAACUUCAAAGAAAGAAGAUCUUGGACAGAUACAAGAAGGAAGUUGAUGCUGCCUAUGCUAGGAACAAUUAA